AUGGCGAUCAACUGGAUCCUGCUCAUCAGCCGCCAGGGCAAGGUGCGCUUGGCCAAGUGGUUCACCACCAUGUCGCCCAAGGCGAAGCUCAAGAUCACCAAGGACGUGACGCAGCUGGUGCUGGCGCGGCGCACGCGCAUGUGCAAUUUUCUCGAGUACAAGGACAGCAAGGUGGUGUAUCGGCGGUAUGCGUCGCUCUUCUUUGUGACGGGCAUCAGCCAGGGCGACAACGAGCUGGUGACGCUCGAGAUCAUCCACCGAUACGUCGAGGUGCUCGAUCGCUACUUUGGAAACGUCUGCGAGCUCGACCUCAUCUUUAACUUUCAGAAGGCAUAUGCGAUCCUCGACGAGCUGAUCAUUGCAGGAGAGAUGCAGGAGUCGUCGAAAAAGUCGGUCUUACGAACCGUCAGUCAAAGCGACGCCAUCGAAGAAGCCGAACAGUCCGAAGACUCGCUGGCGAGGAUUGGUAGCAGGUCCGGCUAG